CACAGAUGUCCCAGUCAAUCGAUGCAGCUACUCACGUUGGCUGACUCCAUGUGGCAGGCGAUGUGCAACAUGUUCCACCUGCCCGAUCUGCUAGUUUUGUGCUGCCUGUGGGGCAGCGGGCUUUCGCUGGGUUACUACCUGAAGUCGGCCUUUGUCUAUGAUAAUCUCUGGCCACACUGGUACGCACUGGCGGCUGGAAUCAUAGCGCUGACCCUGGCUCUGGGUUGGACACUGCGCAAGCAUGGCAAGCAGCGUUAUAGCUACGAUCAUUAUUACAUCAUAUUCUAUGGACUGCUCUGCUCGCUCCUGGGCAGCUGCUUUAUGCUCAGCAAUCAGUUAGCUAUUAGCUACUACUUCAGCUUCAUUGGCCUGAGCGUUGUGUAUGUGGCCAGCUUCAGUUAUGUGAGCCUGCGCAGCGACGCCUCUGGGCUGCGUCCGGCUCGCAUUGCUUUGGCCAAUGCAUCGCAUGCCUGCGGCCUGGCCAGCGGCUUUGUCAUCUUCAACGAGUUUGAGCCACAUCGAUGUGGGCUUAUUGAGCUGGGCAUUAAUCUGCUGCUGCUGCUGUUCGUCUGCAUCAAUGAGCUGGUGCAGCAUCUGGGCGUGCACAACUACAAGCAGUCCAGGGACCUAGUCUUCAAUCUGCUCAACGAGGAACGCCUCGUCUUUUUGCCACGCCAAGCCAUACUGGCCCAGUUUGUGGGCCGCACCGACUAUUCUCUACAGCACAGUCGCCAGUGGCUAGUGUUGGUGCUGGGCGGUCUGCUGUUGGUGCUGCAGCGCUGCUGUCUUCUACAUUCGCCCGUGCACCUGCAGCUCAUGUGGAGUGCCACCUCGGGCUUCGUGCAGCGCUCCCAACUCUUUACACCCUUUGCUCUCUAUGCUGGCGGCUGUGCCCUGAGCGCUCUGCUGCUGCUACGUUACACGCCCAAGCUGGUCUAUUUGCUGUUUGGCGUCAUACAGCUGACAUUGGUGGCGGCACUAUUGUGCAUCUAUGAUGAUGAUCAAUCGGAGCACAGUUUCCUUUUUCUGUGCCUCAUAUAUGCCAGUGUGGGCGUACUGUCCAGCCAGGCGCUGCACUGGCUGCUGGAGUGCUCACCUUUUCUCUACGCGGAGCUGUCGCUAGCCUUGGGCUUUGUCCUGCAGCUGGCCAUAAUGGAGGCCAGCAAAUACGAGCUGGGCGUGGAUGAUGUGUGGACAACGCUAUUGGCCAGCAGCCUGGCAUAUCUACUGCUGACAUUGCUGGCCAUAAUGUUGGUAGUCUGGCUGCAGCCCCGCUCUGCUAGUCUGGUGGAUGUGCGCAAUCGCCUGCUGGGCAUUCGACGCCUCAAUUUGCCUGCUGCCCAGACCCAGUUCUGGCACACCAAUCACUUUCUCGCUCACGACAAGCAGCCAAACGAACUCCAGUCCGUGGAGUUGGACAAGUCGCGCGUCUUUCAGCAGUAUCCCAUUAGCAGUUCCACUGGCAAUGACAAAGCGAAUAAGUUUUAAAAUAAAACGUUUCGUUUCUUAUAACAUUAGCUAAGGAUUAACUUAUACAGCAGUAAGCAGUAAAAAAAUUAUUGAUAUAUAUGUAUAUUAAGCUAUCUCAUUUUUGGAGCAUUAAUAAAUUAAUAGAAUAAAAUCGAAUACUUAA